AUGUCUGCCCCCAACGCCGCCAGGGUACUGCGCACCAGCGCCACCCGCUCCCUCCGCACCAACGCUUCCUCGGCCUCCCGGCCCCGCACCAUGGCCACCCGAUCCGGCGGCGCAUCCGCGGCCUCGGAGAGCUCCUUUGGAUGGUCCAGCAGGGUCGUGGCAGCUAGCACGCUCGCCAGUGCCUUUGCCACCGCCUACUACAUGCGAGCCAACGCAACGCCCAUCAUGCUCGAACCCAGGCCAUCCUUUUCCGACAGGCUCAAGGCAAAGAAGAGCAGCGGAGACGACAAGGGCGCCAAGGAUGUCAAGGAGACCAAGCCGGCAGAACCUGAACCUGCCAAGGAGACGCCCGACGCCAUCGAGGUGGCCGCCGAGGAGGUGACGGAGCAGGGCGAACAGCAGUCGGCCUACGACCCGGAAACGGGCGAGAUCAACUGGGACUGCCCCUGCCUCGGCGGCAUGGCCCACGGACCGUGCGGCGAGCAGUUCAAGGCCGCCUUUUCGUGCUUUGUCUACUCGGAAGAGGAGCCCAAGGGCAUCAACUGCGUCGACAAGUUCAAGGCCAUGCAGGACUGCUUCAGGGAGUAUCCGGAGAUCUACAAGGACGAGAUCGACGACGACGAGGCAGCGUCCCAGGAGGCCGAGGGCGGCGACGGCAAGGGCGCGUCCAAGGACGACAAGAAGAGCGACGACGGCGGCAAGGACGACGAGCCCAAGCGCGAGAGGAAUGCGGCGCUCGGCGGCGAGAAGAAGGAGGGCGGACCGGCACGAUCGGGCACCGCCACCACCGACGUCGACAACCGCGGCGGUCCCAACCCGGACAAGAUCGAGAAGGACGACCCGGAGAGGAGGAAGAGGGAGCACGACGUGUUCGCCAACCGCGCCGGCUCCGGAGCCACGCCGCGAGGAUGA